AUGGCAGAUAUUGAACAGCAGCCGCUUUUGGCUGAUACGGCCAGUGUUUUCUCGACUACCGGCACCACGUACACGUCUACAUCAGACGACGCCGUCACAACUAAAGACCAUCCAUCCCGCUCUAUUGAGGAUGACGUCCUUCCCGAAACCUCUACACUCGGUCGAAACCUCACAUGGACCAGUUCCUAUAUUCUCGUCAUAUCCCGUGUCAUAGGAAGCGGCAUCUUUGCCACGCCCGGUACCAUUCUGCAGUCUGUCGGUAGUCCGGGGCUGUCUCUUCUCCUCUGGGUUGUCGGCGCUGUAAUCGCAGCAUCAGGGUUAGCAAUCGCGCUCGAAUAUGGAUGCAUGCUGCCACGGUCUGGCGGUCAAAAGGUGUACCUGGAGUUUACAUAUCGCCAUCCUCGAUUUCUAGCCUCAACUCUCGUGGCUAUAAAUGCAGUUCUACUCGGAUUCACGGCCAGCAACUGCGUCAUAUUCAGCCAAUAUGUUCUCUUUGCAGCGGGCCAGGAUGCGGCGAAUGACAUGUCAAGGAAGGGCUUGGCAGCCGGACUGCUGAGUGCCGUUACGGUUGUGCACGCCGUGGUCCCAAAGUUUGGAGUCAAACUUCAGAACUUUUUAGGGUGGAUCAAGAUUGGUAUCAUUAUAUUCAUGGUUCUUUGCGGGAGUUAUGUGGUUCUUAUUCGCCCAGAAACAAAAUCGUCUGUUGAUGUGGAGCGCUUGAUAUCUUUCGAGAAAUUGUGGGAAAACAGCAACUGGAACUGGGGUGUUGUCUGCACCGCCUUGUUCAAAGUCUUCUACUCAUAUGCUGGCUUGGAUAACGUGAGUAAUGUGCUCAACGAAGUCAAGGAUCCGGUGCGGACGUUACGUUCAGUCACGCUAACGGCGCUCUUUACUUCUUGUGCGCUGUACUUUUUGAUCAAUGUUGCUUACUUUCUGGUCGUGCCUUUGGACGAGAUCAAGGGGAGUGGAGAGCUUAUUGCAGCCUUGUUCUUUCAACGCAUAUUUGGAGAAAAUGUCGGCAGAAAGGUGUUGCCUUUGGCAGUGGCGUUGUCGGCGGUUGGAAAUGUCAUGGUUGUGGCAUUCGCAAUGGCACGUCUCAAACAAGAGAUUGCGAGACAAGGUUUUCUCCCCUUCUCGGACAUACUCUCAUCCACGAAGCCGUUCAAUUCACCUAUUGGUGGCUUAUUGGUCAACUAUAUCCCGUCUUUACUGGUCAUAGUCCUGCCACCGUCAAGCGAGGUAUACUCCUUCAUCCUCGAGGUCGAGGGCUACACUGGUCAGAUUUUUGGACUGGCCAUUGGCCUUGGGUUACUAUGGCUUCGGUAUAAACGACCAGAUUUGCGGCGGCCCUUUACGGCGUGGAAGUCCGCUGUGUGGUUGAGAUUGUUGCUUGGUGUUGGGUUGUUGGCGGCCCCUUUCUUUCCCCCAGCAGAGAAGUAUAAAGGCGGAAUGUUUUAUGCUACAUAUGCGAUUGUGGGAGUAAGCACGAUUGUGGGAAGUGUUGUGUAUUGGUAUCUAUGGACGGUUGCGGUGCCUAAGUGGAGGGGAUAUAGGUUGGAAGAGGAGAAUACAGUGCUAGCAGAUGGAACGACUGUUACGAAAUUGGUUCAUAGACGAAUUAACGAAAUGGAAUGA